GAAGUAUGUUAAAGUAAACGGUUUCUAUUUGAUCAACAUGUACGAUAAUCUCUGUGAUGGAUAGAUGCAUCAGCUACACGACAUUUCAGUGUAUACAUGUACCUCGUGUUUGUGUUGACCGUGUGGCCAUCGAUCUAACGAGAAUGGACACUUAUAUUGGACGUCAUUACUUGAAACAUCUGGCAGUUAUUCUCUAAUGAAUGAAAGAACCUGUAUUGGACGUCUGUGAUUGAGGCAUUACCAAUGGACUCAUCUGGCAGUUAUUCUCUAAUGAAUGGACACUUGUAAUGGGCGUGUGUGAUUGGGACAAUUUCGGUUUUUAUAUCCAUUGCUGGUUAAAUCACCGUACCGUUAUUUUCUAACUGAUCCAACAGAUGACGUCACACAAACAAUCUCUACCUUGUAUUUAUAUGCGACAUGAACUGUAUGUAUUAAAUGCCGAAAGCCUUUAUGUAGUCCACAUUAGUAUGAAUAGUAGUUGGAUAAAAUCAUAAUAGGAUUAAAAUUACCUUGUGAGUCUAAAGGUGAACCGAAGACCAGUUUAUGGAGAGAUCGGAGUGACAGGACGUGUGUAACCAUUCCGUGAUGGAGACAAUAAGGAAUCGCUUUAUCACUGUCUUUGUGUUGUGGAGUAUAUGUACCAGCGUCGUAGGGAAUUCACACGAGAAUAUUUCCCUUCAGUUGCAGUCGCUGACCAAGUCACUAUUUCAGAACUACGAUCCAACAAUACGGCCAUUCUACACGAACGGAGGACCUGUCGUAGAUAAAGUUCAGAUUUUCAUUCUGUCUAUCGACUCGGUCAGCGAGGCCAACAUGGACUACAAAAUGAGCAUGUUUUUCCGGCAGACAUGGAACGAUUCGCGUCUUAUGUACACAGCCAUAGAUGAUAAGGGUUAUAUAGAGAUGGACACUCGACAUCUGUCCUCACUAUGGAUACCAGAUCUCUAUAUCAGGAAUGAAAAGGUGGCCAACUUCCAUCACGUCACUGUACCGAACAGUCUUAUCUACAUCUACCCCGACGGAACUGUCUACUUGAGCAGAAGGAUAACGGGGACGUUUUCCUGCUUUAUGAAGCUCCAUACGUAUCCUCUGGAUGAACAAAUCUGUCGGUUGGAGGUGGAGAGCUAUGGCCAUAGUGCCGACUUCCUGUAUGUCAAGUGGCACGAUAUUCCGGUAAAACGGGUGGAAGGACUAGUAUCGCCGCAGUUUGAGAUCGGAGAAGUGACGUCAUAUACCUGUGACGAGGUUUACAAUGAUAUCCUGUAUAGUUGUGUUGGCUUCAACAUCAAGUUAUCCCGUAACUAUGGAUACUACCUGAUCCAGGUCUACAUCCCCACCAGCUUAAUUGUCAUGUUGUCUUGGGUGUCGUUUUGGCUCAAUAUAGAUGCGGUUCCUGCGCGAAUUUCACUUGGCCUCCUCACCGUCCUCACCAUGACAACCAUGUCGUCAUCCGCCCGAUCAGAGCUUCCCCGAGUGUCUUACAUUAAGGCUAUAGACGUGUGGAUGGCCAUCUGCCUGCUGUUUGUGUUCGCUGCUCUCAUACAGUUUGCGCAUGUCAACGUCUUGGCACGUGUUGAACGGAGAAGGCGUGAGACUAUUGUGGAAUUCAAAAAGACUGACGAAAAUGGUAGCAAAAAUGGAGAAUUUAACACAAAAGAGAGAGCUGGUCCAUCGGCGGAGGCUCGAGAGAAAGCCAGGACAGCGGACAGGGUCGCUCGAGUCGCAUUUCCACUAACUUUUCUCGUGUUUAAUCUAGCUUACUGGCCUGCGUAUGUCAUGUGGGACAACAAGUGAUAACUGAAUGGCAGCUGUACGUCUUCCACCUGAAAUACAUACUUUGUCGUCCAGUGUCAACUGAUUUAUUAGACAUUGGUAGUGCCGUGUUUACACUAAUGUGAGCUAAAUACAUUACAUGUCUAUAAGUGCUUUGUUCGGGUUUCAAUAGGGCAUCGCCCAUAACAAUGCUUAGACAAAAUGAGUUCAUGGAUCUAUGUAUUCUCAGCUCUUUACCACUACUGUGUUAUAGAUUUUAAUGAUGAAGCAGCUGAAACAACACAUAAACAAAAGCCCCGAACAAUGAGAUUUAAAAACAGAUGGAUCGAUUUUUGGGGAAUAAAUAACAAUUGAACAAGUAUCGGAAUUCCAUGAAAGUUAAUGGUGUGACAAAGAUUUACUAUGACUGUAUAAUAAACUGUCAAUAACGAGGAUUCCACACAUUCUCCUGUUCCUGUUGUCAUUAACGGACAAUCCACACAUCCUCCUGUUCCUGUUGUCAUUAACGGACAAUCCACAC